UGCGAUGUCAACGUUACGGUUUACCGUGCACCAUGCAACGUGGUCAACGUAGACGUCGCCGAGAAUUGUGAAAAGAAUUAACAAUUGAAUUAUUAAAAGAGACAUCAAUGAUUUUUCUUCAUGCCUAAACUCUUCGCCGAUUCAUAGCUCGUUUUUAUGUUGAUUGAUCGAUUGAAUUAAAUGUUGUAAACAAAUCUCUGUGGCGAAGAAAAAACUGUCGUAAUUAAAGAAAUAAAAUAGUAAAACACGUCAAUAUGGAGAGAAGCACGGGACAAAGAUACGAGGAUGAAAUAACCGAGCAACCAGUGGAUUACAGCAAGAAAUACAGUGAAAGGAAAACGGAGAACUCUGCACGAACUGAUCGAUCUUGUAAAAAAGAAUUCGGGGAACGUGACUCCAAAGUCGACUUAUUUGGAGAUUAUGCUGAAACUGAUCUCGAUCAACCGACAGAUUACAGCCUACGAUACGCUGAGGAUGAUACUGAUGAUGAUGAAAAACAAAGUCCCGAAUAUUUUCCUGGAAGCGUGCAGGAAGACACUGUGAAGACUUACUGCACCGAAGGAACUCCAUAUGAAACGCCUUUUAACUUUUCAACUGCAACUUCUAUGUCUGAUCUGCGUCUAGAGGAUGCAAAGGAGUCUGUAGAUCCGCAGAAAAAGCUCAACAAGAAAACCCUUGAGCUUAACCGUAAGGAAGAUUUAAAUUAUGAGCAUACAAUGCCGAUUAAUUGUAACAAGGACUGUUCGCUUCUUGUUGAGAAAGAAUUGGAAACCUCUAAAGCUUCUGAGUCAUGUAAAUCUAAUUGCCUUUCUAACGAGAAGUUGAUUAAUUAUUAUCAAGCACGAACAUCUGAUGGUUUUUCACGUGCUCCUUCUCUGUCUUCUCUUGGCAAUGCAAUAGUGCAAAGGAAUAAUGCUAAUGGCAUUAUUUCUAAAGUACCUUCUACAGAUUCCUCUGACAAAGCUGAUAAUGUGUCAGAAAGAGCAGAUCGUACUGUGGUCCGUAUUUCUGAUGAAAAUGAUAGCUCUGCAGAAGGCAAAAAUAAUUCCAGAAUUGUAGACAAAGAAGGCAAAAUGGUUACAUUUAGUAGGCAAGACUAUUAUGCAGAGCAAACCCCUUUAAUGUUCUCACGUUGUAGUUCUUUAGGUUCAUUGAGUGGAUUUGAACAGCAUUCCAUACAUGAUGAUCGUAGCUCCAUUAUCAGUGAUUUCAGUCGUAGGACUAGCGGCAUUGUAUCACCAAGUGAAUUACCAGAUUCACCAACACAAACUAUCCCUCCAAGUCCUUGUAAUCACAAUAAUCAAUGUGCGGAUUUUAUAAGCAAAAUACCAGAAGAAGCAGUAAGACCACCGAUGUUGCUUUCAGCAUAUUCAAAGUGUCACGUGCCGCGAACUAGUGUUUUUGAGGACGACAUCGCCACGUUUAAAGAGGAGUCAACUCCUAUUGAAUUUUCCACAGCUACCAGCCUUAGUUCUUUGACUAUUGAUGAUGAGAUGAAAAUUCCCAAAAUGAAUAUUCCUAAACUUCAAAAUGAACUGAAGGAACCACCGAAUGAGCUGGAUAAAGAUGUUAAAGAAAAUUCUUCAGAAGAGAAAGUUAACAAUGUAGAAAUUGAAAAGGAUCAGGAGCAAGUAAGUGAUGGGGACGAAGAUGAUGAAGACAUGUUAGCCGCGUGCAUCAGUAUGGGAAUACAAAAUAAUAGAUACAGACAAUCUUUCAAGUCGUCUAGUGUCCAAAAACCCAUACAGUCUGAGUCGUCAAACAUCUUGGCACGUUGCCAGAGGACACCAGUUUUAAACAGAUUGGAACUUUCAGUUCCUAUUGCUGUUCCUACUUCCGUGGAUACUCCAGUGAAUACAUCCAAAUCUAACAAGUCUGCAAUAGAGGUUGCUGCUGCUCCAGAUACCGUGCAUGUUUAUUGCACAGAAGAUACACCAGCUGACAUUUCCCCAGUGGGCUCGCAAUCGAAUCUUUCAGCUCUGUCCAUGCCGAGUGUUCAGGAAGACGUAGAAAGAAUCGAGGAAGCUAAAUCCUCGGCGGGUACAGUCGAAUGUCACAGAAACGAUUUGUCGGAUGAGAGUUCUAAUCUCUCUGGUGAAGAUGAAAAGAUUCUUGACGAAUGUAUUCAAUCGGGAAUACCAAAAGUUAGACAAAUAACUCCACCGCCAACUAGUUGCAUUCCUUUUGUUCAAAAAACAGAGGUGCUGUCACAAAGAUUCAACAUAUGUGGAACUCCGUCAUCAUCUCCUGUCGAAAGUGGCAACAAGAACUCUGUUCUUCGGAAGCCGAUGAUGUGUCGUGCAACGUUAGAACAUGAAAACGAUCUCUUCGACGACAGCCCGAAUCAUUCAGACGACGAAGCUAUUCUCAGCGAAUGCAUAAGGGCGGCGAUACCUAAGGUUAAACUGAAUAUUUCAACACUUAUAGGAGCGUUGCCACAAAUUGCAGAGAAAUCGAAGAUGACAGCACCGAGAAAACCGUCGUUGUGUACGUCAUAUCGUCAAUCGGAGUAUACCGAGGAUAAUAAAGAUCAAUCGAAGAAGUCUGUAUCAUUUGAGGACAAUUUAAGCCUCUCAGAAGAGGAGGAAGACAUUAUGCUAGCUCAAUGUAUUAAAUCUGGUAUGCCGAAGGCGUUGAAUGUUUCGUCGAGCUCAUCUUUGCUGUCUGUAAAAAAGCAACUAGAGUAUCCGAAAACGAGAAACAUUGCCAGUACUUCGUCUUACUACGUGAACAAACAGUGUCUGAUAAGAAAUCCAACAUUGCAGGCUCAACCACUCCAUAAAUCCGCAGAGAGUGAUUUUUCUCUACAUGGAGGAACUUCUUGCACUUUCCACUCUGCGAAAGUUCAAGAAAAUAGAAGACACAUUGUUAAGAACGGUGGAAUCAGUACAUACGAAAGAACGAAUCCUGUGCCAUCGUACACUAGAAAACUUCUCCACUCAGAACACGAACAUAACAGUAUGAGCGAAAACAUUGUAAGCACGUCGCGUUCUGAAAUUCCCAGUUGUAGAUCUCCGGUUCUAAAUGUUGAAAACGACGACGACGAACCGUGUAGGAGUGUAACGAAGUCAAAUGUAGUGCCUUCGAGGCAUAGUUCAAUAAGCUCCCUUAGCGAAGAAGGUUCGCUCGGUUCCAUCGAGGAAUGGGCACUACUAGAGUUGUGCAUUAGUUCUGGGAUGCCCAGGAACAAGUAUCGUUUGAAAGGGAUGAAGAACACAGAGGGAAAUGUCAACGAGGAGUGUGACACCAUAGCCGAGGAUAAUUAUUCGAUAUGUAGUUAUAACUCGUACGUUUGUAAGACCUAAACGAAACGCAAGGACUGAAAAGUCGCGCCUAUAGAAAGAUUAAAUACUUUUUUACGAUAAUCGAGAAAAGAAUGGCAAUCAAGUGUGCGUACGUUUGACGAAGCAUGUGCAGGAGAUCAUUAUAGUUCUGUGAUUGAUAAAAACUUGCAAUAGAAGAUAUUCCAAAACCACGCGUUAAUUAGGUAGAAAGUAACAGGAUGUGAUGAAAAGUAUACGCUUCGUUCGAGGAAAAUACAUUUCAUUUCACUUUCUUAUUUGACAAUGAAUCGACGAAGAUUUAGGAAGAUGCGAGUUUUAAGCAAUUACUGAUAUGCGUUAGGUGUUUUUAUGGGGAUUUGGGAAUUUAUUUAUUGGUUUAAAACUUGUACGAGAUGAGACUUAUGUUUAUUAAAAGAUAUAUCUUUUCUUUAUUACCCUUCGUUAUCUGUUACUUCAAUCAAAUCAUAGUUUUGAAACAUACAUCGAGGAGGUGUAAUUAUUUUUAAAAGAAGAUACCUCUCUUUUCUUCCAGUUCCUGAGAAAUCAAUUUUUUUACAUCGAAUAUCCUCGAGGGAUAAAUAAUUGGAAAUUAUAUUAUGAUUUUUCAGAGAAUACUAUUGUAUUUCUGAAAUACGUGAUUCAUAGAUCGUGCAAUGAAUUUACCGAAGAAUCAUCGAUAGAUCAUUUUUUUUUUUAAAGCUCUUAGAUAGAAACCAAGGCAAGAUUUUUAUAGAUAGAAAAAAAAAAAUUGUAUUGUUUGAUCCAGCUUAGCUGCUUUUUUUUUUUAAUUAUAAAGUUAACAUUUAAGACAAAUACAUAUAUUUGCGAUUAAUAGUUCCAAUCGUUAUAUUAUUACAGCUUAAUAAAAUUUGGGACAUUGUAAAAGUAUUUGUUUUAUACAAUUUCAC